UUUGCGGUUUUUGUUUCAGAUAAGGCAGGUCAUUUUAUAGAUAUCAGUUUGCUUACUGGUGGGACUGGAAAUCGUCGUACCAGUAUUCGAUUGCAUUUGUAUUGGCUUUUGUCUGGUUGGUUCAAAAGAAAAUUAUAUCUUAACGGAGUUAGGUUUAGCGCACUAUUUUGUCAAGAAAUAGUCCCGGUGUCUUUGCCCGGCGCCAUUUCGCAAUUAGGUGGUAAGAAGCUCGAAGAAGGACAGUGCCGACUUUUUUUUUCAAAUCGACAUGGCGUCAUCUGUGGGCAACGUGGCAGACAGUACAGAACCAACGAAACGUAUGCUUUCCUUCCAAGGGCUUGCGGAGUUGGCUCACCGUGAAUACCAGGCUGGGGAUUUUGAAGCAGCUGAAAGACAUUGCAUGCAGCUUUGGAGACAAGAACCUGAUAACACUGGUGUUCUUCUGUUGCUAUCAUCUAUUCACUUCCAGUGUCGCAGACUUGACAGGUCUGCCCAUUUCAGUACUUUGGCAAUAAAGCAGAAUCCACUGCUUGCAGAAGCUUAUUCUAACUUGGGGAAUGUUUAUAAAGAACGCGGACAACUUCAGGAGGCAAUUGAACAUUAUCGACAUGCUUUGCGGCUAAAACCAGAUUUCAUUGAUGGUUAUAUCAAUCUGGCUGCAGCUUUGGUUGCAGCUGGGGAUAUGGAGGGGGCAGUACAGGCCUACGUCUCUGCCCUUCAGUACAAUCCUGAUUUGUACUGUGUUCGCAGUGACCUGGGUAACCUGCUCAAAGCCCUAGGUCGCUUAGAAGAAGCAAAGGCAUGUUAUCUAAAAGCAAUUGAGACACAACCCAACUUUGCAGUUGCUUGGAGUAAUCUUGGCUGCGUUUUUAAUGCUCAAGGAGAGAUCUGGCUAGCGAUUCAUCAUUUUGAAAAGGCUGUAACUCUCGAUCCCAAUUUUUUGGAUGCUUACAUUAAUUUGGGCAAUGUACUUAAAGAGGCUCGAAUAUUUGACAGAGCUGUAGCAGCAUAUUUGCGUGCUCUUAGCCUUAGUCCAAAUCAUGCUGUGGUGCAUGGUAAUCUGGCCUGUGUAUAUUAUGAACAGGGACUCAUUGACCUUGCAAUUGAUACUUAUCGAAGGGCCAUUGAACUGCAACCACACUUUCCUGAUGCCUACUGUAAUCUUGCCAAUGCCCUUAAAGAGAAAGGCAGUGUGGUUGAUGCAGAAGAAUGUUAUAAUACAGCUCUUCGACUGUGCCCUACCCAUGCAGAUUCUCUCAAUAAUCUAGCAAAUAUCAAGCGAGAACAAGGAAACAUUGAAGAAGCAGUGCGUUUGUAUCGGAAAGCUCUUGAGGUGUUCCCAGAGUUUGCUGCUGCUCAUUCUAAUCUUGCUAGUGUCCUGCAGCAACAGGGCAAGCUUCAAGAGGCCCUGAUGCAUUACAAGGAAGCUAUUCGAAUAAGCCCUACUUUUGCUGAUGCCUAUUCUAACAUGGGCAAUACACUAAAGGAGAUGCAGGAUGUCCAAGGUGCACUACAAUGUUACACAAGAGCAAUUCAGAUCAAUCCAGCUUUUGCUGAUGCACACAGUAACCUUGCUUCAAUUCACAAAGAUUCUGGUAAUAUCCCAGAGGCCAUUGCUUCCUACCGAACUGCUUUGAAACUGAAACCGGAUUUCCCUGAUGCUUACUGCAAUCUGGCCCACUGUCUUCAGAUUGUUUGUGACUGGACAGACUAUGAUGAGAGGAUGAAGAAAUUAGUCAGCAUUGUUGCAGAUCAGCUGGAAAAGAACAGAUUGCCAUCUGUGCAUCCUCACCAUAGUAUGCUGUAUCCACUUUCUCAUGCAUUUAGAAAAGCCAUUGCAGAAAGACAUGGAAACUUGUGCUUAGAUAAGAUCAAUGUCCUCCACAAGCCUCCAUAUGAACAUCCAAAGGACCUGAAAGCCAGUGAAGGUAGAUUAAGAGUGGGAUAUGUAAGCUCAGACUUUGGAAAUCACCCAACUUCACACCUCAUGCAGUCCAUACCCGGCAUGCAUAAUCCUGAUAAAUUUGAGGUUUUCUGCUAUGCUCUGAGUCCUGAUGAUGGUACAAACUUUCGUGUAAAGGUUAUGGCAGAAGCAAAUCAUUUUGUUGACUUGUCCCAAAUACCUUGCAAUGGAAAAGCAGCUGAUCGAAUCCAUCAGGAUGGAAUCCACAUUCUUGUUAAUAUGAAUGGCUAUACCAAGGGGGCUCGCAAUGAAUUGUUUGCUCUCAGGGCAGCUCCUAUUCAGGCUAUGUGGCUGGGAUAUCCUGGAACAAGUGGUGCUCCAUUCAUGGAUUACAUAAUAAGUGACAAAGAAACAUCUCCUAUUGAGGUUGCUGAACAAUAUUCUGAAAAACUGGCUUACAUGCCCAACACUUUCUUUAUUGGUGACCAUGCCAACAUGUUUCCCCAUUUAAAGAAAAAAGCAGUGAUAGACUUCAAAUCCAAUGGCCAUAUUUAUGACAACAGGAUAGUUCUUAAUGGAAUUGAUCUAAAAGCUUUUCUGGAAACUUUGCCAGAUGUGAAAAUUGUGAAGAUGAAGGGUCCAGACAGUGGAGAGAAUGUUGACACCAAUUCUCCAUUAAACAUGCCUGUUAUUCCUAUGAAUACCAUAGCAGAAGCAAUUAUUGAAAUGAUAAACAGAGGACAAAUUCAAAUAACAAUCAAUGGCUUUAACAUCAGCAAUGGACUUGCAACUACACAGGUAACAGUUAAAUUCAUUGCCAAUAUUUACCAUAAUGCUGAUAUUUUCAUGUUUUUAGUACCCUCAAGAUGAAAGUCUUUGCUUUUU